AUGAAAUUACGGCUUUUUCCUAAUGAGAAACGGAAGGAAUUCCCCGAAAGUCUGAAAAUUAAUUGGAUUGCUUAUAAUGAGGAUGAUCCGACUGAAAGAGUAUUAUUUGAUAAUCAUCAUGGUAAGACUCUCCAUUAUCAUAUCGACGGAGAAAAACCAGGAACUCCUUUUGUUUGGAUUUCACGAAAACAAGCAGUUGACACGGGAAAACCUAACAUUCAGCCUAAAAACAUCCUGGUGAGCAAUAGUUUAGAGGCCAUUUACCGCUGUAUUACCCCUAGCCAUAUCCAAGCGUUAGCCGGAUUAGGGAUUAUUCGCUUAAAAAAAGAAGGCAAAGAAAUCAGACCAAUUGCUUUAUAUGAGAGAAUGGUUUUUGAUUUACCAGUUAAAGAAAUUCAUGCUUCUCCUGCGUGA